AUGGUCUACCGCCGUACACCAUGCCCGUCAUCACCGAAUUCUCGUUCACCUGCUGAGAACUUCCUGGGACGACCACUCCGCUCAACGCUCUCGAUGCUCAACCCUCCAAGAAGCAUCCUCAAGAACCGCGACGAGAAGAUGGAACAACAGUUCAACCGUCACCACAACGCUCGUCCGAAGCAGUUCGAACCAGAAGACCUCGUUUGGGUGCGCGACUACCGACUCGGGCAGACGAAAUGGAUCUCUGGAAAAGUUCUACUUCGCUUGGGCAACGCGCUGUACGACGUCCUGGUCAACGACAACAUCGUUCGCCGACACGCCAACCAGCUGCGCCGACGCGAAACCGACGACACGCCGACCAUGCUCUGGGACGACUUCGACUGGCCGCAACCAUCGUCACCGUCGCCAUCGCAGUCAUCAUCGUCAUCAUCGCCGCCGUCGCCAUCACAGAAGCUGCCACCGUCCGACAACGACGUUCCCGCCGCUUUGAGACGCUCCGAACGCCAUCAUCAACCGCCGAAACGACUGAACAUGGACCCCUCUUUGAAGUCUUAUGUUUAG